GUACAGUGUUGUGGUGUUGACUUGACUCCAGUUCACGUCUUCUUUUAAUAACAACACCCUUCCUUCAUUCUUUGCAAUACCUUCAUUCUCAUUAAUUCAUCUAUCUUUGUAUAAUAAAAAUUUCAUCCAUUCUCUUCACUAUUAUUAUGACACAAUCUAAACUAUUUAGCAGUGGAAUUGAGCUUGCAUCUUUUGUGACUAGUUCUACCAUCCUUAGCAAAUCAUGGACUACUAUUUCAUCUGAUAAUUAUGAAAAUGGUGUUGGACUUUCAUGGAAACUUGAUAAAGAAACUGGUUCAGAUUUUACCAUUCUAGCUUUUAAGGCUACUUCAGAUGAUUCUUCCAGUGUUCAGGCUGAUUUGAUUUCUUCUGAUGAGCUUAAGGAGGAUAAUUUUCUUGACUUUGAGUUUCUGUGUUCAAAGAAAAUUCCAACUUUCUCACUUAAUAAAACUGCAGUUUCACUCUUUCGCGAAAAUCAUCAGGAGUUUGAUAGUUUGAAAACUGAGAUUAAUAGUUCCAAUCCACGGACUCCAUUGAUUGUUACUGGACAUGGUCUUGGAGGAUCAAUUGCUUCUCUCUUUGUCAUAUCACUAUUACAUAACAUUGGUUCAGUAAAGAAUCGUCCACUCUGCAUCACCUUCGGUUCACUGCUUGUUGGUGACAGGAGAUUGCAACAAGCCAUAUCACGUAGUUCUAUUUGGAAUUCUUGCUUCAUACACGUUUUGUCACACAAAGACCCACUUCCAAGGCUCUUCAUUACAGAUCGAACCAGUACCUACAUGCCUUUUGGAACAUUCAUUCUGUGUUCUGAUGCAACUUCUUUUGAGAAUCCAGAUUCUAUCUUUGAAAUUUUCGUGGCAUUGGCCUCAGUUCAUGAUAAAAAUCAAGAACUAGAAUCUGUUGAUUAUGGAAAUAUAGUAAAAAAUCUCUAUCGUAAAGCAACAUGGAUAGAUUUUCCGGCUCAAGCUGAAAACUUGACUAAUCCAGAUUCACUAGCAACUGAUAUCAGUUUGCAGUUGGGGGCACUAAGUUUGACACCACAUGUGCAGCCGCAACAGGAGAACGUUGGUUUCAAUACUCUUGAAACAAAGUUAAAAGAACUAGAAGAAAGAUUCUUCCUGCAGAAAAGGAUAUUGUUUGAUCCAUCAAAGAAGUUGAAUGACAGGAAGGUGGAUAUGGCCCAACUUGAAUGGUACAAAAAGAAAUCUAAGAAUGAACAAAUAGGGUAUUAUGACAGCUUCAAAAACAUGAACUUUCCCGAUGACUAUGAUGUUAAUCAAUUCCAUAAAAGGCUCACCUUUUAUUGGGAGAAGAUGGUUGAAGAAGCUGAGAUGAAGCCUCAAAAAGAAGGUGCAGCUUUUCGUACCCGUUGGUUAUACGCAGGGACUACUUACAGGAGAAUGGUUGAACCACUAUCCAUUGCCAAAUACUACAGUGAAGGUGGUAAAGACUAUAUUAAUAACAAAAGGUCCGAACAUUUCAAACAGUUGGAGGAGUGGUUAUUUGAAGAUUCUCAAAAUCGCACAAGUGAUGUAAACAGUACACCUAGAAAGAAUGUGGAAGCUAUUUUGACUAUAGAUUCUUGCUUUUGGGCGCAUGUUGAAGAGGCUCUUCUUUUAUGCGGAGAGUUGAAGGGUGUCAAAGAGAAAGACGAUGUACUAAAGAAAUUGUUUAAAAUUGAGGUGUAUGUUUAUGGAUUGCUCAAGGAUUAUGCAGUGUCUCCUGAGAUAUUUCUUGCACGAAGCAGCUAUAUUCGUUGGUGGAAUGAGUAUAAAAAAAUUAAGGGAUCUUCAUACACUUCAGCACUUGCGAACUUCAUGAACGAUGAUACAAAGAUUAAGCAGUAUGCUAUAGGAGCUUAUGAUUUCCCCUGAAAUGUAUUUACUAUGUAAUAAAGAGCGUGUGUAUCAUGUUAUUUUUUUUCUUUAAAACAAAAACUUGUGUAUUUGGGAGGAAAGGCAGAUACCCCCCAAAUAUUUCUGAUUCUGUAAUGUUGCAUGGUUGGUCAUCCAUUAUUGUGGAAACUUAUUUAUAAAUGUUGAUUUUCUUCAAGGUUGAUAUUGUUA